AUGAAUUCUACGCUGUUUUCCCAGGCUGAAAAUCACUCAGUUUACUAUAAUGUUUCAGAGAGGAACUCCCAGUUUUUGGCUUUUGAAAAUGAUGAUUGUCAUCUGCCCUUGGCCGUGAUAUUUACCUUAGCUCUGGCUUACGGAGCUGUGAUCAUUCUCGGGGUGUCUGGAAACCUGGCUUUGAUCAUAAUCGUCCUGAAACAGAAGGAGAUGAGAAACGUUACCAACAUCCUGAUCGUGAACCUCUCCUUCUCAGACUUGCUUGUUGCCAUCAUGUGUCUCCCCUUCACAUUUGUCUACACCUUAAUGGACCACUGGGUCUUUGGUGAGACAAUGUGCAAGCUGAAUCCUUUCGUGCAAUGUGUUUCAAUCACGGUGUCCAUUUUUUCUCUGGUUCUCAUUGCUGUGGAACGACACCAGCUGAUAAUCAACCCGCGAGGGUGGCGGCCCAACAACAGACACGCUUACAUAGGCAUUGCUGUCAUCUGGGCCCUUGCUGUGGCCUCUUCCCUGCCCUUCCUGAUCUAUCAGGUCCUGACUGAUGAGCCAUUCCAGAACGUGACGCUCGACGCCUUCAAGGACAAGUUCGUGUGCUUUGAUAAAUUUCCAUCGGACUCUCAUAGGUUGUCUUACACCACUCUCCUCUUGGUGCUGCAGUAUUUUGGCCCACUGUGUUUUAUCUUUAUAUGCUACUUCAAGAUAUACAUUCGCUUAAAGAGGAGGAACAACAUGAUGGACAAGAUGAGAGACAACAAGUACAGGUCCAGUGAAGCCAAAAGGAUCAACGUCAUGCUGCUCUCCAUCGUGGUGGCCUUCGCCGUCUGCUGGCUGCCUCUCACCAUCUUUAACACUGUGUUUGACUGGAACCAUCAGAUCAUUGCCACGUGCAACCACAACCUGCUGUUCCUGCUCUGCCACCUCACGGCCAUGAUCUCCACCUGUGUCAACCCCAUAUUCUAUGGAUUCCUCAACAAAAACUUCCAGAGGGACUUGCAGUUCUUCUUCAACUUCUGUGACUUCCGCUCCCGAGAUGAUGACUAUGACACGAUAGCCAUGUCCACUAUGCACACGGAUGUUUCUAAGACUUCUUUGAAGCAAGCAAGCCCAGUCGCAUUUAAAAAAAUCAAUAAUGAUGAUAAUGAAAAACUCUGA